GGUAAAUGUCAAGGUCAGAAAUGCAUGGCUGAUCCCCACGUGCCUUUCAGGAGGCUGAGAACGUUGCCCACAGGCAGCUGGAGCUUCCUGCAGUCUGAAGGAGGCACUUGCAGAGGUCAGCAUCCCUGCCUGCUCAGGCCUGUCCUCCCUGGCUGCUUUUCCAGCUGAUGGUAGGACUGGCUGGCAUUGUUCUCUAGAGGAUUCCAUGGAUUCCUGCCGGCUAUAGGAGCUCUUGAAGGUGAGCUGUUCACUACCAUAAAGCCUGCCUGAGCAGAUACCACAGUUUUCCUCUUCUUUGUGUCUCUACUACAACAUGCUUGAUCAGGCCAUGAUUCUUUUCCUUCAUCAGUCUUAUCCUGAACAGUUUGUAAUCUGAUCAGCCACAGAGAAGCGUUAUCCCUGCUGUAGGGAGAGCAAAGCAGGGGUUAGCAGUGGUCUGAGGAUACCCAUCCCUGUCAGGUGUCAUUCGACAUCUGCUGGGACUGGAAGCACCACUGACAAGGAAGAUGUAGAUUCUUUUAUGAAACAGCCUGGAAAUGAGACAGCAGAUGUAGUUCUUAAGAAGCUGGAUGAGCAGUAUCAGAAGUAUAAAUUUUUGGAACUUAAUCUUGCCCAAAAGAAAAGGAGGCUAAAAAGUCAGAUUCCUGAAAUUAAACAGACAUUAGAAAUUUUAAAACACAUGCAGAAGAAAAAGGAUUCCACAAAUCCAAUGGAAACCAGAUUUUUAUUGGCAGAUAAUCUCUACUGCAAAGCUUCAGUUCCUCCUACAGAUAAAGUUUGUUUGUGGUUGGGGGCCAAUGUGAUGCUUGAAUAUGAUAUUGAUGAAGCUCAGGCUCUGUUAGAAAAGAAUUUGUCAACAGCCACAAGAAACCUUGACCUUCUAGAGGAAGACCUGGAUUUUCUUAGAGACCAGUUCACCACUACAGAAGUCAAUAUGGCUAGAGUUUAUAAUUGGGAUGUAAAGAGAAGAAACAAGCAAGACCCUUCCAAAAACAAAGCAUAGUUUUGCCAAUUUUAAAUGUGGUUUCAAUUUCCAAGUAUUUUUUAUUUAAACACCCCCAAAGUUCAUUCUCAAGGGACUGAGUUACUUUAAGCAUUUCAGUAAAGGGUAAAAUGUAUAAAAACUAAUGGUGACCACCAUUUUAUUUAUUUGUAAACUCAGAAUUUGGUUUCAUGCAUGCUUCAGGAAAUGAAUUAUUUGAAAAGGCACCAUGGAGUCCAGCAAAGGACAGAGUAUUUUGAUCAGACCAGUCUGUCAUAACUAAAUUUCUACCUGAGAGCUUGUCUGAGAAGUUGAGGGGCAUGCGUGAAACGAGUCUGGCACUGGAGCAGGGAUUUACUUUUUCAUCUCUGUGUACAGAUGAUGGAGUUGAAGGUGACUUGGGCAGGGAGAUGUGCAGCUGUGAUGUGCUAAGAAACAGAGAAAACAGAGUGAAGUCUUGCAUUUUGUUUCAGUCAGUUAACAGGCAGCAUCACUCGGUGAGCAUUCCCAGAUACCCACAGUGGAUAAGUGUGGUUUUAUUACCAGUGGGUUAGUUAACUGCCUGUAACUGAACUCUCAGCACUUUGCACACAAGACUUUGUGACCUCUCUGCAGAGAGGAGUGGUGAAUGAGCAGCACAGGCUGCGUCAGGGCUGCAGGUGAUCUCUCCCCUUCGUUCUCAUACCCAUGUGCACGCUGCCGACUUCUACAAACGCCUUGAACAAGGACCCAAAGCACUGGUAGCUUGUAAACAACCCCCACUUCUGAUCCCUUAGACAGGAGGGGUCACCCCUCUCAGCCUCCCAGUGGUGAAACCUGUAUCGGGUGAGGGUGCGUUACUGAGGCCCGACUGCUGGUGUCAACAGUUGGAGUCUUUAUUGGGGUUUUCCGGCGCCUUGCGAGAUUGUUGCCUUUUACCUCUGCAGUUUCUUUCUAAACUGAAAUGCUCAGUGGUGAUGUCAGUGGCUACAUAUUCACAUUCUGUGACUGAGAAUACAGGUUUCGCUGCAAAAUAAAUGCAAAUGUCAACUGUUCAGUCUUCAUGUAAGAAACAGUAUACCUGUAAAUUUUUUGUACUUUUAUUUCAUGAUAUUAAAAUAGUAAAACUAAGCAGUUGUGGCAAA